CUUCGUCAUUUCCCGGACUUAUGCUCUCUGUAUUUGCAAUUAUUGGUUGAUUUUUCGUGGUUACUGUCUUUCUGGUCCCCUUUCAUUCACAGAUUCCCAGUUCAUUGCGCUGUUUUUUCGCCGUUUAGAAUCCGAAAAGCAUUCAGCUGAGCCGAAAUUGUAUUUGUUUUGUGGAAGUCAGCAGAGAGAAGAUGAGUUGUUUCCCUUGCUUAAAUCCUCGAUCUAAAGAUGCAAGGAUCGACAUUGACAAUGGAAGUCGAACUACUUCUCGCCAUUCCGCCGAUUCCUCAGAUCAUAAGAAUGGAAGUGAACAAGGAAAAGGCUCCAAAGACGAUGGAGCACGUAGGUUCACAUUCCGAGAGUUGGCAACAGCGACAAAGAAUUUCAGAGAAGCCGAUUUGCUCGGGGAAGGAGGAUUCGGAAGGGUUUUCAAAGGUCGAUUGGAAACCGGAGAGAUCGUCGCGGUGAAACAACUUAAUCACGAUGGUCUUCAGGGCUAUCAGGAAUUCAUUGUUGAGGUUCUUAUGCUCUGCUUGUUACACCAUGUGAACCUCGUUACUUUGAUAGGCUAUUGCACCGCUGGGAAUCAGAGGCUCUUGGUUUACGAAUACAUGCCGAUGGGCAGUUUGGAAGAUCAUCUUUUCGGUUUAGAACCAGGACAAGAGCCUCUGAGCUGGAACAAUCGUAUAAAGAUAGCUGUUGGUGCUGCUCGAGGAAUUGAAUAUCUACACUGCAAGGCCAAUCCAUCCAUCAUUUAUCGUGACUUGAAGUCUGCAAAUAUUUUGCUGGAUAAUGAUUUCAACCCUAAACUCUCGGAUUUCGGCUUAGCAAAGUUGGGACCUGUGGGUGACAAUACCCAUGUUUCAACCAGGGUGAUGGGAACAUACGGAUAUUGUGCUCCCGAGUAUGCCAUGAGUGGCAAAUUAACUCUUAAAUCUGACAUAUAUUGUUUUGGUGUGGUGCUAUUGGAGUUGAUAACUGGACGAAAGGCAAUAGAUUCUACUAAGAAGCAUGGAGAGCAGAACUUGGUGUCAUGGUCCCGUCCGUAUUUAAAAGACCAGAAAAAGUUCAGCCUACUGGUUGAUCCUCUAAUUCGAGGAUGUUAUCCUCGUCGAUGCUUGAACUAUGCAAUUGCAAUUACUGCCAUGUGUCUCAACGAAGAAGCCAACUUCCGACCACUUAUCGGUGAUAUCCUCGUCGCACUCGAAUAUUUGGCUUCUCAGAGUCAGAAUUGGCCUCCCGAAUCACAGAAUGUCGAUGCCCACAAUGGUUCACAGUCCUCACCGAUGCAACCAGAGAAAGGGACCCCUCGUCGAUCCAACCCCAGAAUUCGUUUGAUCGCUGUUUGAAGUUAUUCAGUAAACUUUGAUCAAGUAAGCUGCAACUCAUUUUUUGUUUUCAGAUUAUAGCAUAAUUUAGAAUUAUCUUCCUUGUUGUCACAAGAACGAAACACAUCGGUAUAGGUUGUUACCCGAAGGUCGACAUGAUCGAACAUAAUAUUUACCGUCAAGCGAGUACAUGUACGAGUAAAUGUAUGUGCAUCCUGUUAUCCAAGGGCUAUCUGUUCAUUACUUC